AUGUCAACCAACCGAGUUCGUUUCUCACUGCCAGCAGUGGAUGAUCAAAGGGGAGACGACAAUGACGAUAGUACCAUCGGCACAUUCAAAGCAUCCAAUGUCACCGCUGAAGGGUUGGAAGGAGCUAAACAGCGGGCAAAGGAGGUUGACGAUUUGCUUGAGAAAAUUGCAGAUCUCUCCCCAGAACAGCAACAGCAACUUGUCCAAGGUUUGGGAAUCGGCGCACUAGUGGACGUGGGAGUGGCCGUGGAAGUCACCGCCAAAAACCAGUCACGGUCAUCAAACUUGACCGAUUCGAUGGCAUAUUCGGUAAGCAGCAAUGAUCAAGAUGUUGCUGACAACGCUGGCGAUGACGAAAAUGUUGCUUCGCCACGGCAAGUUCUUCGCCAACUUGAACUUGAACCUGAAGUCGAAAGCCCCCACGCAAUCGCCCCUGUGGCUGAUGGCGUUGCACGAGAAGUCGAACCCGUCGCGGAAGCAGAUGAUGGCUCCCUUGGCCAGCUGCAUAUGGAAGAACUUGAUCUGGCUACCACGGCCAGUGAGCGCGGCGUAACAGAUAUUCGGAAUAUACAAUACCCCGAUGGCGACUUGGCUCCCGGCGGAGACGAUCUAAAUGAUGCCGUUGCCGGGGUCGAACACGAUAACGACAGUGAUGAUAAUGAUGGAGCUUUGGAAGAAAGCGAACAGGAAGAGAAUAUUGACGAAGCGGACUAG